AUGUACACCACAUCUUCUCUCUUUUUCCACACUCUAGCCCAGGUCGGCAUCACCCACGCAUUCGUAAACUGGGGCUCUGAUCACCCUGCACUCCUCGAAGACCUCCAACGCCAACGCGCCGACCAUGGCAAUACCGCUGUCGAAAUAAUCACUUGCCCUAAUGAAAUGGCUGCGUUGAGCGCGGCACAAGCAUUUACACAGGUUACGAAUACGCCCGCCGCAGUCAUUGUACAUGUUGAUGUCGGAACUCAGGCCCUUGCUGGUGCCGUUCAUAAUGCGAGUAAAGGAAGAGUUCCCAUCCUGGUGUUUGCUGGGGCAUCCCCGUCUACUAUGGAAGGAGAGUUGAAGGGGUCAAGGAACGAGUGGAUUCAUUGGAUGCAAGACGUACCCGACCAACCUGCCAUUGUCAGGCAAUACAUGCGUUUCACUGCACAGAUUAACGCACCCGAAAAUAUACCUCACCUCGUCAGACGUGCCCUCCAAAUUGCUACAAGCGAACCAAAAGGACCAGUAUAUCUUUGGGCGCGCAGAGAGGUAUUGGAGAAGGAGAUCGAUGAAUCACUUUUCAGCUCUUCAGCAUCUCUUUACAAAUGGCCUUCGAUCGAGCCAAGUGCACUCUCUCCCUCAGCCGUGAACGUAAUUGGUGACGCCCUGGCUCAGGCAAACAACCCACUUAUCAUCACGUCAUACAUUGGACGGAAUCCUGCAGCCGUCGGCGCCUUAGAGAUGCUUUCCCGGCUGAUGGCUAUUCCUGUAUUUGUGACCUGCCCCAGCGCCACCAACGUAUCUCUCUCGCAUCCAUUCUUCGUGGGCGUUUCUUUCCUCGCACCUGGCACACACACCCCGCUGCUCAGCACAGCAGACGUGAUCCUCGUAAUCGAUGCAGAGGUACCAUGGAUCCCAAUAAACAAGGACAGUCGAGGCAACCCCGAGCGCCCCAGCGAUGACGCCCGCAUCUUCGUAAUCGACUCUGGCGACCCUCUCAAAGAAACCAUCGGCAUGGAUCACGUCGCCGGCGUUGCAGAGCUUGUUUCCCGUGCCAACGCUGAAGUCGCGCUCUUCCAACUCCUGAACUCCGGGAGCACAGGCUCAGCGACGGGAUACUAUACGCGUUCUAGGAGCAUACAAGCGAUUCACGAUGCGUUCAUCGCAGACAUGCGUAACGCGGAGGCAGUCAUGUCCGAACCGAAUGUGCCGUAUCUGCCCUCGCGCAUCUUUGGGGCUCUGCGUACGGCGGUGGAGAAUAAGGUCCCGCAUCCAGCGAGUACACUUUACCUGAACGAGACUAUCAGUAACUACCCGCUUUCAUGGUCACAUCUGCAUCCUGACACGCCUUUGGGCAUGUUGAGCUCCGGCGGCUCGUCACUCGGCUGGGCAUUAGGUGCAGGAAUCGGUGCGGUUCUAGGAGGGGUAAAUGCAGGCAAGGGUGCAGGGAAGGUGGGGUACGAACUGGUAGUGAGUGUGGUGGGUGAUGGUACGUUCUUGUUUGGGGCACCCAGCAGUGCGUUCUGGAUGGCGAGGCGGUAUGAAACGCCCUUCCUGACCAUCGUUUUGAACAACGGAGGCUGGAAAUCACCAAAACUCUCCAUGUUGGGUGUGCACCCCGAGGGGCACGGCUCCAAGGUCACUGGAAAUCAGCUUACAGUGGGCUUUGGGCCUGAUAUGCCAGACUAUGUGGGUAUCGCAGUAGCUGCGACUGGGGGGUGGGCGUGGGGAAAACGUGUCGCUGCGGGUGAUUCCCUGUGGGAGACGAUGACGGAAGCUGUGCGAAUUGUGGUCGAAGAGCGGCGGUGUGCGAUCGUGGAGUGUGUAUUGGAGAGUAUUUGA